CUCCGAGGGCGAGCCCUACCAAAAUGUCACUAAACACUCUUUUUGACCACAAAGCCCGCGGUCUGGGAGCGGCCAGAGAGUAUUUGGUAGGUUCAACCGUUCAACUAAAAGGUCUGCCCAGUGUUUAAACUACACCAAAAAUGAACAAAUUGAAACUCCGUUCAUUGUCAAACCACUCUCCGCGGUGGCGCCGCCUCUCCUCCGCCGUCUCCGGCGACCAUCGAUAUCCUCGCUCUCACCUCCAAACCUCCCCACACACUUCCCAAACCGCAAAACCUAACUCCUCUACUCACCAAAACCCUAAAUAUCAAACACCUCAAACACACUCGUCCAACUCAUCCAACUCAGUCAGCGAAAUUUUCGAUGAAUCCUCCGUACUCGAAUCACUCUCUGGUUACAACAACGACUACAAGCGCGCUCUCGAGUUCUUCAAUUGGCUCGAAACAGGUUCCAAAUUUAAGCACACUACGAAAACUUUUAAUAAAAUGAUUGACAUUUUAGGCAAAUAUUUCGAGUUUGAUAUUGCGUGGGAGUUGAUUGAUAAAAUGUCGAAAACAAAUAAUGUGGACUCAUUGCCUGAUCAUGUUACUUUUCGUGUUAUGUUUAAACGUUAUGUUUCUGCUCGUCUUGUUAAGGAGGCGUUUAACACGUAUAGUAGGUUGGAUGAGUUUGGUUUGAAGGACAAGACGUCGUUUAGGAAUUUAGUUGAUGCGUUGUGUGAGUACAAGCAUGUGACUGAAGCCGAAGAGUUGUGUUUAGGGAAGAGGGAUGAGGGAAUAGGGGAGGUGUUUUUUGAUGGAAAGGAUACGAGGAUUUUUAAUAUAAUUUUACGCGGUUAUUUUAAAUUGAGUUGGUGGCGGAAAUGUAGGGAGUUUUGGGAGGAGAUGGAUAAGAGAGGUGUGGAGAAGGAUUUGUUUUCGUAUUCGAUUUAUAUGGAUAUACAGUGUAAGAGUGGGAAGCCGUGGAAGGCUGUGAUGUUGUAUAAAGAGAUGAAGAGGAAAGGUAUUAGGUUGGAUGUCGUGGCUUAUAAUACGGUUUUUAGAGCUGUGGGUCAAUGUGAUGGUGUUGAUGCAGCAAUGAGGGUAUACUGUGAGAUGAGGGAAUGUGGUCUUGAGGCUAGUGUUUCGUCUUUUAAUGUAAUUGUCAAGUUUUUGUGUGAAAAUGGAAGGUAUAAGGAGGCUUAUGAAGUGCUACAUAAAAUGAGUGGAUUAGGUUGUCCGCCCGAUGUGGUUACUUAUCAUUGUCUUUUCACGUGUCUUGAAAAGCCUAGAGAGAUUUUGGAGCUGUUUGAUCGGAUGUUUAAGAGCGGAGUUUUUCCAAAAAUGGAUACCUAUGUAUUGCUUAUGAGGAAAUUUGGGAGAUGGGGAUUUCUUCGACCAAUUUUUGUUGUCUGGGAAAAAAUGGAAGAACAAGGAUUAAGUCCUGAUGAAUUUGCCUAUAAUGCAUUGAUUGAUGCUUUAUUGGAGAAAGGCAUGGUUGAUAUGGCUCGAAAGUAUGAUCAGGAGAUGUUAGCAAAAGGGCUUUCCGCUAAGCCAAGGGCAGAACUGGGUACAAAGUUGACACAGUCCCAAGAUCAAUAAUCAAAAUCUUUUGGGAUUAUCCAGAAUCUGGAUUGAUCACAGAAGAUGAAAGGCAAGCUAGCAAUGUGUUGCGCCAAGCUCCUUGUAAUUGGAAAAACUACCUUUAACAGACCACAUUAUAGACCUGGGAAUAAUAAUUGGUAACACCAAUAUGCAUGAAUUAUUGACUCACCUGAGAAGUUAUACAACCUUGGUGCCAGGAAACCAAAAUUGUGAAAUGCAAACGUGGUAGAUACUAGGCUGGUCUCCAAGUUACAAUGAACAAGAUGAGGAAGCCCUUUCACUAUAUGGUUGUUUAUAAGAAUGCCAAUAUUCUUUGCAUGAAUUUCGUGCUGUCGACUUGAUGCUAGGCAAUAUGAAUAUGCAUUGAUGCUCUACUAUGUUGUGUAAACAUUCGUUGGCAGCGCUUCCUUAUUAAAAUCGGUUACUAGUUUAUUUGAAGUUGGGACGAGAAUGUACAACUGCCUCAUCAAAAUUAGAUACACUUUAAUCCAUAUAAGGAAAAGAAUGUGCGUUUAUACGGAGUGUAUAUUCUUGUUUCGCAGAGGAGGACGAAGCAGCUGCUCCUUAUGCUUGGCACAUCUGCUAAAUAGAGAAUAGUGGUGUGGAACUGGCAUGCCUUAUUUUGAAUGUGCUCAUACUAGACUAUAAGAAAUAGUCACCACGGGUCAAGGCAAAAGAGAGAAUAGUGGCAUUUAACUUGAAUUGCCUUCCUGUUCUGCAACCGCUGUUUUUUAGGGUUUUCAAAUGGUUGUUUAGGCACUGUUACCUAAUCUGCAGUUUAGAGUCCAAAUCUGCAGGCGUUCAUAAAAAAAAACCUUUCCCUGUUUUUUUUUUUUUUUUUUGUAAGGAACCUUUCCCUGCUUUAGUA